AUGUCUAACGAACAAACCUUCAUCGCCGUCAAGCCGGAUGGUGUCCAGCGUGGACUCGUCGGAGACAUCAUCUCCCGCUUCGAGAAGAGAGGGUACAAACUGGUGGCUUUGAAGAUGGUCUCCCCAUCCAAGGAGCACCUUGAGAAGCACUACGAGGAUCUCUCAUCCAAGCCGUUCUUCAACGGACUUGUCACAUACAUGCUGAGUGGCCCAAUCGUCGCCAUGGUCUGGGAGGGCCGUGAUGCCUGCAAGACCGGUCGCUCCAUCCUUGGUGCCACCAACCCUCUCGCCUCCGCCCCUGGCACUAUCCGUGGUGACUACGCCAUUGAUGUUGGCCGCAACGUCUGCCACGGCUCCGAUAGUGUCGAAAGCGCCAAGAAGGAGAUCGCUCUGUGGUUCAAGCCAGAGGAGGUCCAGAGCUACAAGUCGGCCCAGUUCGACUGGAUCUAUGAGAAGGCAUAG